AGAAGAAUUGAGACAGUGAUUAACUUACAAGACCGUCGCUCCAAUCCCCUGGGUAUACACUUAGGCCAUCGAUAUGAAGGUUCUAAUGCUGUAAUAUACGGCGGUACACGGUUUCCAGCCCACCAGCGAGAUCCAGUGCUGUACUAUGAGCCAACAACGCAUCCAGGGGCAUUUUUACCACAUGCGUGGGUGGGGCUGAGAACCUAUCGAAUACCGACAUUGGAAAUUUUGGACCAUGGUUGCUUCGGUCUCAUCGUCGGCAUUGGUGGGGAGCCUUUCGUGACUGCCGCAGAGGAGGUCAGCCGGGAGUUUGAUGUAAAGCCCUCUGUUUAUAAGGUUGGGUGCCGUUGACCAUACGACGACGUGCUGGGAGAAUGGAAUGCUAUCAAAGAGAUCAGCGAUUGGGGCGCGUUGUUGGUCCGACCUGAUCGCCAUAUAGCGUGGCGCUGUGUUAGUCGUCCUGUGGAUGUCGUGGAUGCCUUGCGAUCGGCACUGAAACAAAUUUUCGCUCAUGAC